CGGGGCGGAGGGCGCAGCGCGGGGCGGCCGUCGGGGCGCAUGGACGGGCCCGGGGCGCGGGGCCCGCGGCGCCGCCAUGAGGAAGCAGAGCGUGCGCACGGCCGCGCUCAUCCUGUGCAUCCUGUCCUACCUGCUGGUGGGCGCCGCGGUCUUCGACGCGCUCGAGUCCGAGGCGGAGCGCGGCCGCCAGCGGCUGCUGGCCCAGAAGCGCGGCGAGUUCCGGAGGAAGUACCGCUUCUCGGCCGAGGACUACCGCGAGCUGGAGCGCCUGGCGCUGCAGGCCGAGCCGCACCGCGCCGGCCGCCAGUGGAAGUUCGCCGGCUCCUUCUACUUCGCCAUCACCGUCAUCACCACCAUCGGGUACGGCCACGCCGCGCCGGGCACGGACUCGGGCAAGGUCUUCUGCAUGUUCUAUGCGCUCCUGGGCAUCCCCCUGACGCUGGUCACCUUCCAGAGCCUGGGCGAGCGCCUGAACGCGCUGGUGCGGCGCCUCCUGCUGGCGGCCAAGCGCUGCCUGGGCCUGCGGCGGCCGCGCGUGUCCACCGAGAACAUGGUGGUGGCCGGGCUGCUGGUGUGCGCCGCCACCCUGGCCCUCGGGGCCGCCGCCUUCGCGCACUUCGAGGGCUGGACCUUCUUCCACGCCUACUACUACUGCUUCAUCACCCUCACCACCAUCGGCUUCGGUGACUUCGUGGCGCUGCAGAGCGACGAGGCCCUUCAGAGGAAGCCGCCCUACGUGGCCUUCAGCUUCCUCUACAUCCUCCUGGGGCUCACGGUCAUCGGCGCCUUCCUCAACCUCGUGGUCCUGCGCUUUCUGGCGGCCAGCACCGACGCGCCCGAGCGCGCCACUCGCCGCGCCAGCCCGCUCCGCCUGGGGGCGCCCGAGAGCCGCGGCCGCCCUCCGCCCCGCUGCCCUGCCCGCGCCGGGGGCUCCGCCUCCAUCUCGUCCCGCGUGCACCGGCUGCAGCUGGGGGCCCGCGACAACUUGGCCUUCUCACCCCCCUCGAGCCCUGGGGCUGUGGGCGGCGGCACGGUGGGCAGGCCCCCGGCCCGGCGGAAGUCCAUCUGACAGCCCUGUCCCGGGCCCCGGAGGGUGGGGGUUGGGGGAGGUCGAGGGAACAGGAGGGGCUAGGGUCACCUGUCAGGGCAUGGAGAGGGUAGAGUGGCUGUGGCCUCAGGGCCGUCUUCUGCCACGAGCAGUGUGUCUUUCCCUUCUGUGGCCAGCCCCUCCCUCCUCUCCAAAAAUCCAUUAAAGCCGCACCUUAAGCACAAGCACGUCCUGUAGGUGCAAAUCCCCGUGGUCCGUGGUCCGAACUGUUUUAGGAAGGCGCGGCCACAUCAGCCACCCAGGAGAGGCUCUCCACAGGCCCAUGUCAUCAGCUAGCCCUCCCGAGUGGAAACAGGUGGCUGUUUCUCCGCUGAGAGAGGAGGCAGGUUUUCCGUGUUGUAAGGGAAAAUGCGGGACUUUCAACCCUGGGAGCCAGGCAGUGAGGCCAGCUGCUCACACCAGGAGAGGCAUAGGGAUCGGAUGCACUGAAGGGAAACAGCUCCUGUCCCCGAGUGGGGCGGACAAAUCUGCACUAUUUAAACGAUCGCUCAUCCUCUU